AUGUGGAAACCACCUGCGAGACUUUUUCCACUGAGUUGCAAUAUACAACAAGCCCUCAGGCAAACCCGAUACCUCUGCCAGUCUCGCACCCCCACACCCCAAACCAUGGCGGACACCAACAUCAAAGACCAACCCGACUACUCGGCCUGGAGUACCUCCAGCCUGAUCGCGCGCAUCACGGAGUUAGAGCGCCAGCUUCACUCUCAGACAACAGAGUUCACAGCGUCCACAGAAGAGCCGCCGCAGGCAGCCUGCUCUUCUGCGCCCAUCUUUACCGACGUCCCGGAACCUGCGAUCGAUCUCCCCGAGACCUUCAAUACUUCCAAGAAGCGACCACAUUCCCCUCCAGAUAGCGACUCUACCCCAGUGCCCGCUCCCAGACGGGUUGUUAAAGCCCCGAAACCUCCUAAACUCGAUCGCAGUUUUGACCCCUCCAAAUACUCGACGCGGUUCAUUGCGCUCAAGUUCGCAUAUCUGGGACAGGCAUACAAUGGGCUCGAACAUACAAAUGGAAAUACUACGCCUCUGCCUACCGUCGAAGAGAUUCUGUGGAAGGCAUUGCGGCGUACACGGCUCAUCUCCCCCGAGACCACCUCUGAUCUUGAACCGACCGAUAGUGGGGAGCGCGUCCCCAUGCGCCCCUACCACCUUUACUGGGAUGGAUGCGAGUACUCUAAAGCAGGUCGUACGGAUAAGGGCGUAAGCGCUUUUGGGCAGGUUAUUGGACUGCGGGUCCGCAGUCAACGGCCCAUUCCCAAGACCCCCGCUGAGGGCGAGGACGGGAUGAACGUCGACUCGGGAUCUACUGAAAAGGAGUGGGAUGAUAUAGCCGACGAGAUGAACUAUAUCAAUGUUCUAAACAGGGUGCUUCCGGAAGACAUCAGGGUUCUGGCGUGGUGUCCCAACCCGCCACCUGGUUUCGAUGCCCGCUUCUCCUGCCGUGAACGUCGGUACAAGUACUUCUUCACCAACCCUGCGUUCACUCCGACUCCUGGGUCAAUUGGGUUCCAGAACCGUGCACAGAAUGGCGAUGGCCCGCGCGCUGAGUUCCGCGAGGGUUGGCUUGACAUUGAGGCUAUGCGCGAGGCAGCUAAGCAUUUCGAGGGUCUGCAUGACUUCCGGAAUUUCUGCAAGUUGGACACCAACAAGCAGAUUGAUAACUUUGAACGUAUUAUCCAUCACUCUAGCAUCGAAGCUGUCAACCCUAAGGUCAGUCCCGUGGGCUAUGUUGGCCAACCUGGCUUCCAGGCCAAAGAGAAUUGUAUGCCAGAGCCAGAUUUGGCGACUCCCGACACGGCUUCUCAAAGUAUCCCUCAGGUAUACUCGUUCAACCUCCACGGUUCUGCCUUCUUGUGGCACCAGGUGCGACACAUGGUUGCAAUUCUGUUCCUAGUCGGACAGGGACUCGAGUCUCCAUCUAUCGUCCCUGAAUUGCUGGACAUUACCAAGAACCCGCGAAAGCCGACCUAUGCGAUGGCUGAUGAUGCUCCGCUGGUUCUUUGGGAUUGCAUUUUCCCCGACAUAGAGUCUGGUAGUCGCCUGGAUUCCUUGAACUGGGUCUAUGCUGGUGAUAGCCCUGCAAACGGCAAGGGAAGCGCCAAGGGUGACAGCAAAUUCGGGAUGCGGGGCACUGUUGAAAGUCUGUGGGCCGUCUGGAGAAAGCGCAAGAUAGAUGAGAUUCUAGCGGGUGCUCUGCUAGACCUGGCUGUCACCCAGGGUAACCAGAACGUGGAAGACAUUGACAACCAAUGGCAAAACGCGGGAUAUGCCAAGAAAUCAAGCAGAGGUGCCAAAAUCUGGACUGGUGGAAACGAUACUGCUGUUGGUGGCAAAUAUACCCCUGUCGACAAGAAGGCCAAAAUGCAGCCCGUGGAAGUUCAAAAUGCCAAGGGACUUGUCACAAAGCAGCGAAGGCUAGCAAAGGGCGAGGCUGCAAGGGCGGCACUGGAAUGA